AUGGACAGGUACAGGCGGCUGUCAAAGAAAAGGAGAAGAAACAGAAUUUUGCAAGUUAUGGUGUUAUGUGUGACAUCCACAUUACACAGUGAGCGAAGUGUAUGGGAACGAGAAAGAAGUCGACACUGGUGGGAAGUGACAGUACAGACAUUUGAUGAUGAUCGGUGGAGAGAGAACUUCCGGAUGUCAAAGGCAAUGUUCAAUCUUCUCUGUCAAAAACUGCGACAACAUCUUGAAAAACAAUCCAGAAUUCGCCAAGCUCUUUGUCUUGAACACAGAGUCGCAGUUGCAGUAUAUUUUCUCGCUACAACAGGAGAAUAUCGCACCAUCGCCAAUCUUUUUGGAAUACACAAGUCCACUGUGUGCUGCAUUGUGCAUGAGGUGUGUAAUGCCAUUUACACACACAUAUUCCCAGCUGUGGUCAAGUUCCCUCAAGAUGAAGAACUUAAAAGAGUUAUUUCAGGGUUCCAACAGAAAUGGAACUUUCCAAAUUGUGGAGGUGCUAUAGAUGCAACACACAUUCCAAUUGUGGCCCCGCAGCAGUUCCACUCUGAUUAUGUGAAUAGAAAAGGGUUCUAUUCAAUUAUCAUGCAAGCUGUUUGCGAUGAUAAGUACAGGUUCACUGAUGUCUGCAUAGGCUGGCCAGGUAGAGUUCACGAUGCGCGGGUGUUCUCAAACUCUAAGCUGAGGGCUUUGGCAGAUAGUGGUGAGAUAUUACCGCAAACAGCAGAGAUGAUGGACAGUGUAGGCCCUGCUGAUCAUAAAGUGGAUAUGCCCGUUGUCAUCAUCGCAGACCCUGCGUACCCUAUGUGUCCUUGGCUACUGAAACCAUAUAGCAACAGAGGGGCUCUCACAGAAGAACAAUCUUACUUCAACUACAGACUGAGCAGUGCACGCAUGACUAUUGAAUACACAUUUGGCCGCUUUAAGGGGCGAUGGAUACGUUUCUCUAAGCGCAUUGAUGUGCAUGUGGAGUUUGUGCCAGUACUUACUGCAGCUUCAGUUGCCUUGCACAACAUGUGCGAAAAUGAGCACGAGUUAUUUGACCCUGACUGGCUGCAGGACGUAGAUGUUGGAGCAGGAGUGUGUGGACAACAAGUUCAUCCAGAUCCAGUCACUGUAUCAGCUCUUCGAACAGCACUCACUGCACAGUUUGCCAACGAUAGACAGUGA